AUGCCUUUUGGGCUAAAAAACGCCCCUUCAACUUUCCAAAGAUUGAUGAACACCGCCCUAUCUGGCCUACAAGGACUCCAGUGCUUCGUCUACCUAGAUGUCGUCUACCUAGAUGAUAUAGUUAUUUACUCAUAUGAUCCUCAAAUACACAUAAAUAACCUUUCCAACGUCUUUGAGAGACUCCGACACUUCAAUCUUAAGCUCCAACCAGAUAAAUGCAAAUUUCUCCGAAAGGAAGUAUCAUAUCUUGGUCAUAUCAUUACCAACGAGGGGGUAAAGCCAAAUCCAAAGAAAACCAAAGCAGUUCGACAAUUUCCCCAACCUCGAUGUCCAAGGGACAUCAAAUCUUUUAUGGAAUUAGUGUCAUACUAUCGAAGAUUUAUACCAAAUUUAUCCAAAAUUGCAAAACCUCUUACAAACCUUCUGAAAAAAAAUGUUCCAUUCGAUUGGCGAAAUGAGCAACAACUAGCUUUCGAAACUCUAAAAAAUUGUUUGACUACUGCUCCAAUAUUAGCCUACCCAGACUUCACAAAGCCUUUCGUGUUGACUUGUGAUGCAUCAAACUUUGCUAUUUCGGCCAUAUUAUCACAAGGUCCCAUAGGGAAUGAUAGACCUGUCGCUUAUGCUUCAAGAACUUUAAAUAAAGCCGAGUGUAACUACAGUAUAACAGAAAAGGAAUGCUUAGCAAUUCUUUUCGGUACUAAAGUAUUUAGGCCAUACCUAUAUGGUCGUAGUUUCAAAAUUAUUACCGACCACCGCCCACUUAAGUGGUUAUUUAACUGCAAAGACCCGGGGUCAAAACUAGUAAGGUGUAGGCUAAAAUUAGAAGAGUUCGACUACGAGGUCGAAUACAAAAAGGGCAAGAUUAACAGUAAGUCCGCGUUACUGUUAAUCUUGCCCUGUUUUUUUGCAUUAUCCCGUUUCCCUGUUAAUCCGAUUGUACAAAAUGAUACUAUCUCAGAUCCACAACCUUCCACCUCCCACGAAGAACCUCAAACUACUCAAGAUCCCGAACUUCCUUCAGACAUUCUCGAAGAACUCAUUGAACGGGGUGACUUGAACCUCAGUCCAUCAGAACUGUUGAAUCCCGAAAACACUGAUUCAAUUCCAUUAGACGCAAAAUCCCCACAAAAUUCCUGUAACGAAUCAAACAAAGACUCUGAAAACGUCCGAAACGUGAAACGUGAAAAUGUAGAGUAA